AUGGCCGAUUCUCGAGCACUCCCUCCUGCGCCUUGGCCGCCGCUUAGAAACGCCCAAGUUUGUUACGGAGCAGCAUCUUCCAACAUCUCUUCUUACGGAAUCUUGGAAAACUAUGAAACUUCGAGUGUCAUCUUCGGUUACGCAUUGCCUCUUCUUGAGAUGCAACUCCUUCUCAUAUUCGUCCUCAUCUUCUUAUGCCAUAUGUUCCUUAGACAUAUUGGCAUGCCACAGGUCGUCUCUUACAUGCUCGCCGGUUUGCUUCUAGGACCUCACCUGAUUGAUUUGAUAGGCUUUUCUUCGGACCGGUUAUCCUUAGACGCUGCGUUGGACGGAAACAUAGCGUUGGAAGGUGUGGCCAAGUUCGGGCUAAUAAUGUUCACGUUCUUGAUGGGGGUCAAGACCAACAAAAAAGCGGCGUUUCAAACUGGUAUACGGCCGGUUGCGAUCGCGGUUUCAUCCUUUGUCGUGACUAUGGCCGCCGGAUUAGCCUUCAGAAGCUUCCGUAUCGACAAGGCCGACCCUCUAUAUAUGCCUCUGAAGCUGGCUCCAACAGAACGCACCGUGAUUGUAUCGGUUCAAGCGUUAACGCUGUUACCGGUCGUAACGCACCUCGUACACGAGCUCAAGAUUUCAAACUCGGAGCUCGGCCGCCUCGCCAUAUCGAUCGCCGCCUUCAACGAUCUCAUGGGGUUUAUAACUCUGGUUUGCGUCUCCUACGUAGGAACAUACAGGUACGUCUCGCCUGGACUAGCCAACCGCGACGCAGUGGCAAUAAUAAUCUUGGUUCUUGUGAUCGUAUUCAUCAUCAAGCCUACGGCUCAACGGAUAGUAGACACUACCCCGGAAGGCAAGCCCGUACGGAAACUAUACUUAUACGGAACGAUCAUGACAGCGAUCGCCGCGAGCGUUUACACAACGUUUUUCAACCAAAUCUACGUUCUUGGAGCUUUAUUGGUUGGGAUGGCGAUCCCAGACGGUCCGCCUCUGGGAUCAGCGUUAGAGGCCCAGUUCGAAAGCCUGGUUACAAACAUAUUUUUCCCGAUUUCACUCGCUGUCUUGACCAUGCAAGGUGACAUUGUGAGGGUAUUUUAUGCGUUCGGUGACAUUUCCUUGAACAUUUUUCUGGUGGGUUUUACAUUUGCCGUGAAAUGGGCUGCCUCUUUCGUACCUUGCUUGAUCUUCAAGAUACCUACUAGAGAAUCCAUUAUCGUCGCCACUAUCAUGAACUAUAAGGGUUUUGUUGACUUAUGCCUCUUCGAGGAAGCCGUAAAGAAAUGGAAUUUGUCUCAAGCAACGAACUCGUUCUUGAUUUUUUACGUGCUACUGAACGCGGGGAUUUUGCCUACUAUUGUGAAAGCGCUAUAUGAUCCAAAGAGGAAGUAUAUUGGAUACGUCAAGAGAGACAUUAUGCAUCUGAAACCAAACUCAGAUCUCAAGGUUCUAACUUGUUUGCACAAACCGGACAACAUCUCAGGCGUGAUCUCGCUGCUUCAAUUGCUUUCUUCGCCGCUAAACAACGAUAGAAAAGACAGAGCAGUCAUCGCAGUCACGGCGUUACACCUAGUGAAACUCACGGGACGUGCCUUUCCCUUCUUGGUGCCGCACGACAAGCGGUCUAAAUCGCGGCUGCUUCAAAACUCUUACAUCCAAACAAUGAUGCUCGCCUUCACAGAGUUUCAACAAGAGAAUUUGGGAACCACGACUGUUAGUUCCUUCACAGCUUAUUCACUCGAGGAUCUAAUGGAUCAAGACAUUUGCAACCUCGCGUUAGACCACCUCUCAUCGAUGAUCAUCAUCCCUUCGGGGAGAAAAUGGUCACCCGAUGGAUUAUAUGAAUCGGACGAUACUGUAAUCAGACGUGUGAACGCUCGUCUCCUCGAUCGUGCUCCUUGUUCUAUCGCCGUACUCAAUGACCGAGGCUACCGUAGCUUGAAGAACAGGAAAAGGAGUAAUGGUAUCGUAAACGUCGGUGUGAUCUUCAUUGGUGGUAAAGAUGACCGCGAGGCGCUCUCGCUUGCGAAAUGGAUGAGACAGAACCCGAGAGUGUGUCUCACGGUGAUCCGGUUUAUGUCUGGUCAAGAACCAGACAAGUCCAAGAACUGGGAUCACCUUGUUGAUAAUGAGGUCUUGAAUGAUUUGAAAGAUACAUAUUCCACCGCCGAAAAUUUUUCCUAUACGGAGAAGAUAGUCAACGGUGGUCCCGCGGUGGCCACCAACGUCAGAUUAGCGGCGGAAGAGUUUGAUUUGAUGAUCGUAGGGAGAGAACACGACGAAGAUACACUGAACUUCAAGGGAUUGGUCGAGUGGAUGGAGCUUCCGGAGUUAGGAGUCAUUGGAGAUUUGCUUGCGUCUAAAGAUUUAAUAGCUAGGGUUUCUGUUUUAGUAGUUCAACAACAGCAACAACAUCAAUGA